UUCGACCCGGACACGCCGCCUGAGGAGACGAUGAAGGCGCUUCACGAUCUCGUUGUGAUGGGCAAGGUGCGCUAUAUCGGGGCGAGCUCGAUGCGGACGUGGCAGUUUGCACUUUUGAACGAGGUCGCGGGGAAGCACGGUUGGACCAAGUUCGUGAGCAUGCAGAAUGAGUACUCGCUGCUCUAUCGUGAGGAAGUACGUAG